AUGGGCAGUUACCUGGGCAAGCUGGGACUCUCGCCAUCAUCCCCAGCAGAGGGGCGCACGGACUUGUCGGAGAGGCCCUUGAACCGCCGGCCAGCUCAGCCCCUUCAUCAAGUCCACCGGGUUCAGCACGUCCAUCGUGUCCACCCUGCCGCUCGGCACAGACCUGCGAGGAGGCCGCUGAACUGGGAUCCUACCAAUCCCACUGGGUGGGUGGUCAACGAGGCUUGGAGGCGCUUUCCCAUGAAGAGGUCUCAGAAUUCCAUCAUGGGGCCUCUUGCCUCAGACUGGUGGGAAAGUUACUUCAAGCGAAGUAUCUGGUCUCUUCGGCACCCCAGGGCGAUAUGGAGCCCGGUGACCAUCAAGAUCGGCCCUCCUGAGUGGACAGGGCCCCCCUCCCCUUCCCCAGCAGAGGUAAUCAACUCUGCAGGGUUCUCACCUUCUGAGAAGCCCCCAGGCCCAUGUGCGAAGGAGACAGUGCUGAGGGCCCUCAGAGAGUGCAAGAAGGGGAAAGUGAGGUUGGAAGAACCAUGGUUCCACGAGAGCUUGGACAGUAAGGGAAGGGUUCCAGGGGCCAGACCAUCUGCGUUUAAGCCUCUGAGGAAAAAUGGAGUCCUCAUUUCUUUUGCGUCCAGGCCUGGGCCUCUGAAGAGAAGCCUCCACCCCUGGGGCUCAGAUCACAGCUUGAGUAAGCAGCCAAGUUGCUCUCCAAUGGACUCCUUGGCCAGCGCAUACACAGGUAGCCCCCUUAGCUCCAAAAGAAAUGCUGUUACAAGCUCUUACAGCUCUUCUAGAGAUUUCUCUGAACCUUGGAAGAGAAGUAGUCCCAGUGCAUCAUUCCCGAUACCAGAGUGGCCACUAAAAAGGAAAGAAAAUGGUCAUCAGUCUCACUCUCCAGUCCCACUGGUAUCAGAAACAUCGGGGUGCUCUGGGCAGCAAAAUCAGAUUCCCCUGCUUCUAUAUAGCCCUGAGAGCCCUCUGUCCCUGACUCCAUCUCCCCAGCUUGGUUGUACAGUCCCUGAAGACCUGGCCUUAGGGAAGAAAGCUGGACUCCAAUGGAGAAACAAAGCCAGAGAGGAUACGACUGAGGUCACCACAGACUCUGUGUCUGAGACUUGGUCUGCUAUUCAGCCUUCCCUGUCCCAGGGCACUGAUCCUCAGUUGGAGAGCUUAAAUAAAAUGCAGACGCCUCCAGGUCUACUGGCCUUCCCACAACCUACUGGAGAGGCAAUCAGUGUGGCCCACUCGCCUGUGAAGACAGAGAGACUGCUGGCCCCACGUGCGUGCUCACAGUCAGGGCCCCUUUCAGACAUCUCUUCAGACUCAAAACCCACAGGUACUUACAUCCUUCUGACGCCUGUUUCUCACACAUCACCAGUCACGGACACCACAUGGCCACCUUCAACAUCUCAGGCUGCCAUGCCCCAAGACUCACCCGCCACCAUCCCUGAAGGAUCCACUCUGCAAAGUACUUUGCUUGGAGGGAUGAGCAGCCCAGCUCCCCAUCUUCCUGAAUCUGCACCUCCUGUUGCAACUUCUGCUGACCACAUGUCAAAACCCAUUUUGGGGUUCCCACCCAAUAGUGAGAUUGGAGGCUCCUUAUAUUCCAGAAUUUCAGUCGCAGCUGCAGCCCCUUCAACUCCGGGUAUCUUAACUCCCACGUUCACGCCUAUCUUUGGCAGCAUAAGACCACUUAAAACUAUGCCCCUGAUAGCUCCUUUCUCUGUCAAGCAGACCUCUCCUCCACCUACUCCUGCUUCUACUCAUUUCUUCCAUGGCCUGGUCAAGGCUACCUCUGUGGUCAUGUCCACCACCCCAACCAGCACAUCCAAAGACUCUUUUAAGCCACCUUUGGAUAUUAGUGUAGUGAAUGUCACCAGUACCAUGGGCAACACUUACUCCAUCCCUUCCACCUCCCACACUUUCCUUCUUGGGGCUGCCUGUGCCUUCAGGGCCAGUUUCUCCCCCACCACAGGCUUUAUUUUCCCAACACACCAGCAUACUACCAUUCCAACUGUACAGACAGCCACCAUCUUUAGCCAGGUUCUUCCCAGUGCUGUCCAGAUAUCCCCUAUGAGGAGCACUGCCAAUUUUAAGGCGAUGGGUAGCCCUCUGUCAGCUUCAGCCCUAGUAACCACUAACCAGCCUGCAUUGUCAUCCAGGAUCUCCAGUUCGACCUCAGCAUCCACAAUUCUCUUGGGGUCAAGCUCAAGGCCACAUUUCCCACUAUCCCUGGGAGCCACUCCCCAGCCUGUACUUGGGGCUGCGUAUGGGCAGAAGAAAGGAGUCCCCCAAGCAGGCCUUGGCCCAAGCUUCAGUAGCUCUUUCACUUUUGGAAACUCAACAGUGGCAUCCUCAAUCCCAGCACCAACUCCAGCCCAGCCAUCUUUCAGCAGUACCACACAAUCAGCCUUUGGGGGUUCAGCACCAUCAGCCUCCACCUUUCAUAUGCCUGCCAGCCUCCGGCCAGACUUCAACAAGACUGCAGUAGGUUUUCCCUCUGGUCAAGCUACUACAAAUGGUUUUGGAGUUAUCACUUCAACCCAUCGGAGUGGGGCUUGUAGCUCAGCAUUUGGUAGCACAGCCCCGCGACCUUUUGACUUUGGGGGAUUAGUGACCCCUAUGGAGUGCGGGGAGACUGGGAUCAGUGUGACUGCCCCAGACAUAAGCUCCAACUCUGGAGCUUUCAGCACUGGAGCAGUGCCAAGUGGGACCACUAGCACCAUCACACCCUUGGGAAAAGACUGGGGCCCAAACAACCAGGGCCUGACUAGCCAGGGCACACAUUUUGCCUUCAGGAGGGCCAGGAUUUCUGCAAGAAAAACUGUGUUUGGGGAUCCCUCCAUGGCCCCCUUUGCUCAGCGCACCCCUGUCCCUGGACUAGUUAAGGCAGGCAGCAGCCUUGGCUUUGCGAUGCCCUCUUCACCUCCCCAGGGUUCUGUUGGGAGAGGAUCUUUCAGAUCAUCAGCCCCUUCAUUUUCCAUUGGUGCAAAAUCCAAAACCCCAAAGAACAGGGAGCAAGGGCAUUCCCGAAGGCAUCAUGCCCACAAGAAAUAA